GGAAUUUCUGCGCCAAAUGAAAAAAGUUAUAAAAAAAAUGUCUUUUGUUUGGCGUUGAUUUUUAAGUUUAAAGUUUUUGUUUUUCAUUAAUUUUAAAGAAUUUGGGAGAAAAGAAAAUGGAAUCAUCAUCGAAAAGUGAUAUUAAUACAUAUUUCGGUCGGUGCAGAUGUUGCCUCGAGCAAGGUUACAUGAAAAAUUUGUGGUCGGAAUAUUAUUAUGAAGGCUCUUGUGAGAUUUACGGCGAAAUGAUAAUGGAAACGUUUACGAUAACUUGGGAACCCGAGGAAGACAUGAAGUAUUACAUCUGUGAAUCGUGUGUGAUCCGAUUGCGUGAUGCAUAUUACUUCAAAAAAGAGGUUGUGGCUUCUGAGAAGCUGUUGUCUGAGGGGUUUGAUGGUAAAUAUUAUGAGUCUAAUUUUUAAUUAGAUGGACUAAAAAAAAUACACUGAUAAAUCGUUUUACUAUGUGUUACGUAUGAGUGUUGUGGUCUGACUGAUUAGAAGUGAUUUUUGGGUUUUGAUUCAUUCACAUUUCAUAUUUUACUUUUUAGUCAAUCUUAUUGUUAAGACAUUAUAGUGAGUGAAAUUGAGUUGCAAACUCAAGAUCUUUUUCUUGAUUAGAAAUACAUAAAAUGGGGUCUCUGCGAUAGAAAUACUUCAAGUAUUUUAGUAAAACUGUAGCUUUGGCGGAACUGUAUUUUCUAUUCAAAAGAUAAGUAGCUUACUGAAGACAUUAAAUAUCACAUUCCAAGAUCUGAUGAAUAAAAAACUCAAUAAUUAAUAAAUCAUUUAGUUGAGCUAUGUCACAACACCAUAAUAAACGCUUGCAACAUAAAAAAAAAGUGGAAUAGGAUGUCAGUUUUGCCCAUUUAAUUAAUAAUAAGAGUAAAUUUAAAAAAUCUAAGUAUAGGAUCUCAUGGAUUUGUUUAUUUUUAUUUUUAUUAUUGUAAGUCUCCACAAUCAUAUUGGGUCGUGGGCAUGCCCAUCGUGGCCCUCACGGUUGUUCUGUCCCAUGCACAUUAGAAUGAAAUAGCUUUUUAUUGCCUAUAAAAAAUAAAAUAUGGGUAGGUAUAAUCUUCACAAAUUACUAAUGCUGCCAUUUUGAUGACGUUUACAAGUACACUUUUUUAGUUGGGUUGUGUUGAGAU